AUGGCGCACUUGUGGAACAAGUAUCAGGUUAUCAAUGUUGUUGAAUCAGAUUCUAUACUCGCAAACAACAAUCUUCCUCUUGAUGUGCAGAGGUUGAGAUGUCGUGCUAUGUACCAUGCUCUCCGCUUCCCUCCCUUCAUCGAGAGCUUAGGAAAGGAACUGGUAGAUCAUCUAAGAACACAGAGUGGAAAAUACAUUGCAGUUCACUUAAGCUAUGAAAAAGACAUGCUUGCUUUUACUGGUUGUACUUCUGGUUUGACUGAUGCAGAAUCUGAAGAGCUGAGAAUAAUGAGGGAGAACACAAAAGAUUGGAAGGUUAAAGAUAUAAACCCUACUGAACAGAGAAAAGGUGGCUUUUGUCCACUAAACCCCAAAGAAGUGGGAAUAUUUCUUCGAGCUAUUGGUUAUCCUCCAUCAACACUAAUUUAUGUUGCAUUUGGUGAAAUUUAUGGUGGUGAUGCUCGCCUUUCCGAGCUCAAGUCGUAUUUCCCAAAUGUAGUUUCCAAGGAGAAACUGGCAACAAAGGAACAGUUGAAUGCAGUUUCUAAGCAUGCAACUCAAACUGCUGCACUAGAUUACAUUGUUCCUUUGGAAAGCGAUGUGUUUGUUCCAUCAUCUUCAGAUAACAUGGCACGAACUAUUGAGGGGCACCGCAGAUUCUUUGUCCAUCGGAAGACAAUCUCCCCAGACAGGUAACAGAUGGUGAAAAUAUCAUUUGGUUUCUUUUAGGAACAGGUUUUCUAUAAGGAAAUGAGCCAUUAAUAUCCUCUACAUGUUUUGAUUUCAUGUAGUAUUCCCAGAAAACCAUUUUAUGCCAUGAAUGCGACAUGCAAUUCAGUCAU